UCACGCAUCUUUGCUCCAGUUCUCUCACUGUGAGAGCAGCAGCACGCUGAUAAACACUCGCGAGCCACGCACUUUAAAGCUCUGCGACAUCAAGUCACCGCACGCUGUAGCAAGUCUGACAUAUCUGAGAUAUUUUACUUGUUAGUGGAUUAUCGGAGUGAUAGGAGAAGUUAUGCUAUUUCCCCGGUCCAUCGAAACAGCUUAAAAAUGAAUCCUCAUUGCGCGCGCUGUGGGAAAAUUGUCUACGCAACAGAGAAAGUGAACUGCCUGGACAAGUAUUGGCACAAAGGAUGCUUCCAUUGUGAGGUGUGUAAAAUGACUCUCAACAUGAACAACUAUAAGGGAUAUGAGAAGAAGCCCUACUGCAACGCACACUAUCCAAAACAGACCUUUACAAUUGUGACAGACACCCCUGAGAACCUACGACUGAGACAGCAAAGCGAGCUCCAAAGUCAGGUCAAGUACAGGAAGGAUUUUGAACAGAGUAAGGGCCGGGGCCUCAAAUUUGUCUUGGAUACUCCAGAGCUUCAGAGACUGAGGAAGGCCCAGGAUCAGAUCAGUAAUGUAUGCCGGGAAAUGCAGAAAAACUCAUGUAGCCAAAUGGAAAAAAGCAAAUAUGCAAAGUAUCCUAAGGAUUUUGUGGGGUCUGGUUUGCAUGGGGUCUCUCAGGGAACGCGCGGGACGUACCUGGUACAGUCUCAGAUGACACCUAACCAUGAGACGGUGGGGAAAAGCACACACAAGGGGGGUCAUCAGUACAUCAUGGAGAUGAAUCGAAGACCUGGCGUCAUUGUGGCACCUGUUCUUCCUGGUGCAUACUAUCCCAAUGGCCACAGCCAUGGGCACAGCUACAUGCAUCAGACAAGCAUGCAUUCACUGAGGUCAAUGCAGCUGAGGUCACAACACAGGAGCAUGACUGUGUACAGGGCCCUGUAUGACUACACGGCGCAGGAUUACGAUGAGGUGUCGUUCCGGGACGGUGACAUCAUUCAGAACGUGCAGCCCAUCGAUGACGGCUGGAUGUAUGGAACGGUGCAGAGAACGGGGAGCGCGGGCAUGCUGCCUGCUAACUAUGUAGAGGGCAUUCGCUAGCUGUCUCACUGAGCCUCAAAUCACAUGAACAGUUCUUUUUUUAACAGUGCAAAUUGUCCCUCGAAGUGUUUAUAAU